AUGGUUGCUACAGUCUUCGACGACCGCUGCGCGGAGCUGCGUGCCCCCGGCUUCCUGAACUUGACAAUCUCUAUUAUUAUACUUAUCGGUCUCGUCGUCUCGUACCUUCCACAACACUACCGCAUCAUUGCCAGAGGCACCUCCGAGGGCAUCUCGCCGUGGUUCGUCUUGCUGGGUGUCACAUCAGCGACCGCCGGAUUUGCCAACAUCCUGACCGUCCCUCCGUCAAGACGCGAUAUUGCAUGCUGUAGCGAGCUGGGCACUUUUGAAUGCGCUGCUGGUCUUCUGGGAAUCGCCCAGCUGGGCGUGCAGUGGAUAUCCUUUGCGUUGAUCCUCGUCCUCUUCCUUGUCUUCUUCCGAUACAAUGACGCGAACAUCCCCGAUGAAGAGCUCGUCGACAACCCGCCGUCAUGGCAUACCGCCAUUAUGGGAAUUCUGCUCGCCAUGGCAAUCUACUACGAGUUCCAGGAGCACCAUGGUGACCCACAGUCCCCUACACUCGUCGACGAGCCUAGACGACCCAACCCCAUCAGGACGUACUCGGAGGGCUGGGAGCAGGGUCUCCCCGGUCCGUACACCGCCCAUCCCGAGCGGUAUGCAGACACCGAGGAGGAGCUGGAGCGGUUACAGGACAGAGAAGAGCGGCAAGUCGAAAGGGAAACGAGGCCCCUGCUUCGUCCGGGCGGCAUCGGCGACCCCCACAAAAACUACAACACUGCAGACGAUUAA